CUCCAGGUCCUCUGGAGCACCAUGGAGGGGACUGCUUUCUAUUUCGUGGUUACCCUGGUGAUCGCUUUCCCAGCUGCUUCUCACAGUCAGCUCUACUCCCUCAUCACACCUAAUGUUCUGUGGGUGGACAGUGAAGAGAAGGUUGUAGUGGAGGCUCAUGGACUCAGCUCACCAACAGAAAUCGUAGUAACUGUGUAUACAUUCCCAGAAAAGAGUAAUGUUUUAUUCAUGGUGCGAGCUACUCUGGACCAAGGAAAUGGAAUGAUGGCAACACCUAUCAUAAAGGUUUCUGCUAGAAAUAUGAAGAUGAAUUCAAAGAAACGCCAGUACGUGGUUGUUCAGGCCAGCUGUCCUCAAUUCACUUUGGAGAAGGUGGUAUUGGUCUCCUUCCAGGAUGCCUAUAUCUUCAUUCAGACAGAUCAACCUGUUUAUACACCUGGAUCUUUCGUGCGCUGUCGUGUAUUUUCUGUGAAUCAAAACUUGGAGUCUGUGAAGAAAAGAAUUAUUGUUGACUUUCAGACACCUGAAGGCUUUCUUGUCAGCCACAAUGUUAUUAACUCUGGAGAUAUGAGGCUGAAUUACGAGAUACCUGAGAUUGUCAGUUUGGGUACCUGGAAAAUUAUAGCCAGGGGUGAAAUUUCUCCACAGCAGACCUUCAUCACACAAUUUGAAGUCAGGGAGCUUGUGUUGCCCAGCUUUGAGGUCAUACUAGAACCAUCAGAGAAGGUUUUUUAUGUUGAUGACGAGAGGGAUUUCACGGUACAUGUGACUGCAAGGUUCCACCAUGGGGGGAAGCUUGAUGGUACGGCCUUUGUCCUUUUUGGAGUAAACAUGGAUAAUAUGAAAACAGACAUCCCAGACUCACUCCAAAGAAUUCCGGUUACUCAUGGGGCUGGGAAAGCAGUCUUAUCAAGAGCCAUGUUACGGACCCGAUUCCACAACCUCAGUGAGCUCAUUGGGCACUCUCUCUCUGUUUUUGCCACAGUGAUGACAAAAUAUGGCAACAAUAUGGUGGUGACUGAGCAAAUUAGCAUUGCCAUCGUGACAACUCCUUAUGAGAUUCAUUUCACAAAAACCUCCAAGUACUUCAAACCAGGGAUGUCCUAUGAACUGAUGGUGUAUGUCACAAACCCAGAUGGUUCCCCAGCUCCCCUUAUUCCUGUGACGGCAGAACUUGUAGAUAUCACGGAGAGCGGCAGUGCAACUACUCAGAGUGAUGGGACUGCCAGGAUCAUCCUGAAUAUACCUCAAGAUAUUGAAGAGUUAAGAAUUAAUGUAAAAACCAACCAUGCACUACUCCCAAAGAAACGACAGGCCAGAGCGUCAAUAGUGGCUACAGCCUAUGAAACUCAGGAGGGAUCUGGAAACUAUCUUCAUAUAGAGAGGAUAACAACUGGUCAGGUCAAAGCUGGAGAUGUAUUACAUGUCCGUUUCAUCAUGAACAACCAGGAUGUACAGACACAAUAUUUCACCUACAUAAUCUUGAGUAAAGGGAAGGUGAUCAAAGCUGGGAGGCUGCCCAGGGCAUCUGGACAGAAUAUGGCAUCUCUGCCUCUGCACAUCACUCUAGAGCUCAUUCCUUCUUUCUGGAUUGUGGCUUACUAUCAAGUAGGAAACCGUGAGAUAGUAGCUGACUCUCUCUGGGUAGAUGUGAAGGAUUCCUGCAUGGGAACAUUGGUUGUGAAAGGAGCAGCUGAGGCAGUCAAUCAAAUUCACGAGCCAAGAGGUCGAGUUCGACUCACACUGGAAGGGGAUCCAAGAGCUAGGGUUGGUCUUGUGGCAAUAGACAAAAGAAUCUACACCCUAUAUCAGAAACAGAGGCUUAAUCAAACAAAGAUAUGGGACGCUGUAGAGAGGAGUGACAUUGGAUGUACAGCUGGCAGUGGCAGGAACAGUGUGGCUGUGUUUGCAGAUGCCGGACUGACCCUUGUGACCAACCAAAAGAUUGCCACUCUUCCAAGAAUGGAUCCAAAGUGCCCUCAGCCUGCAAGACGCAGAAGCCGCUCCAUACAAUUCACUCAGCUGAAAGAAAGUGAAGGUGACUUCGAGGAGGGAUUCAUGGCACUUCAUUACUGCUCGACUGAAUAUCCAUGGAGCUGGUUAUGGAAUACAGAACAGCUGCCUCCUAACAAUCAAGGGAUUUCAUCCAAGGUGGUAUAUUUUUACCUGAAGGAUUCCAUCGCAACCUGGGAGGUGCUGGCUGUGAGCAUUUCAGGCACAAAAGGAAUUUGUGUGGCUGAACCGUAUGAGAUAAGAGUAAGGACGGAUUUUUUCAUUGAUCUACAGCUGCCUUACUCAGUUGUGAAAAAUGAACAGGUAGAGCUUCGGGCUAUUCUCUAUAACUAUCUGGAUCAAGACAUCAGGGUGCUUGUGGAACUGGUGCACAACAAAGCUUUCUGUAGUGCUUCCUCUGCCAAAAAGAACUACAGGCAGAUAUUCACUGUUAAAGGCCAGUCCACUAGGUUAAUGCCAAUUGUAAUCAUCCCACUGCAAUUGGGACUGCAUGAUAUUGCACUUGAAGCAAUCACAUUGGAACCAUUCAUGAGUUUUCAUGUGUGCAAGAAGCUGAACAUUCAGCCAGAAGGAAAGCAGAGAAAACUUGUAAACACAUUUGAAUUGGAUCCCAUUAAGUAUGGUACCGAUGGAAUACAAGAACUGAGGAUCAGUGCCACUGAUUUAAAAAAUAUUGUUCCUGACACAGAGCACAUGACUCAAAUUUUCAUUACAGGAAAUCCUGUUAUUCAGCCUACUGAAGACUACAUUGAUGGUACCAAACUGGACAAACUCAUCAUAACCCCUAACGGCAAUGUAGAGCAGAACAUAAUCACCAUGACACCAUUGGUUUCUGCCACUUACUUCCUUGACAAAACUGAGCUGUGGGAGAAGAUUGGUGUGGACCGAAGGCCUUAUGCAAUUGAGCAGAUCAACAAGGGUUACAAUAAGCAGCUGAGUUUCAGGCAAGCAGACCACUCCUAUCGUCCUGUUGGCGGUAGCAGGUCUAGCACUUGGCUCACAGCAUACACUGUAAAGGUCUAUACUAUGGCUUCCAUGCUAUUACGAACUGGUAAUAUUGAUGACCACUGUGGACCUGUGAAAUGGCUUAUUCUGGAAAGGCAAAAACCAGAUGGAACAUUCUAUGAAGAAGCUACUGUGCAGGCCACAUCAAUGCUGGGCGGCAAUCAGUAUGGUGAGCCAAAAGUUUCAUUAACAGCUUUUGUUGUGGUUACACUGCUGGAGUCCAGAGAGAUUUGCAAGAAUCUGCUCAAUAAUUUAGAGACCAGCAUUAGCAAAGCCAGUGACUAUUUAUUAAGAAACUAUGAAUCUUUGGAUUCCCCUCACACCAUCGUCCUCACAUCCUAUGCUUUGGCCUUAGCCGGGAGGCUAGACAACGAAGGAGUACUCAUGAGAGCAUCCACAGAUAGAAAUCGAUGGGAAGAUCGCAACAGUUAUGCCAAUAGCAUUGAAGCUACCUCCUAUGCCAUGCUGGCUUUAUUGGCCAUGAAGAAGUUUGAUCAUGUUGAUGCUGUAGCCAAAUGGCUGAAAGCACAAAAUUAUUAUGGAGGUACAUUUAGAAAGAUCCAGGCAAUCAUCAUAAUGUUUCAAGCUCUUGCCCAUUAUGAGAUUGACAUGCCAUCGUCUGAGAGCAUGAGCCUAGAAGUUACUGUUCAGAUUCCUCAUACUUACCCAGUUUUUCUACGUUUUCAUGAUGAGAGUGCCCUGGUUACCAGGACAGUGGAGACUCAUUUGAAUCAAGAUUUCACUGUGAAAGCAGCAGGCCAGGGACGAGCAACUGUGACCGUCACAACAGUGUAUUAUACAAAGCUACAGGAGGAGGCAGCUCAGUGUAGGAAUUUCACUCUGCAGGUUUCUGUUGAAGAAAUCCCGCUGAGUAUUAUGGAAGCAAGUGGGGCUAUAGGAGCAAUCAGGAUCACAAUCUGCACCAGAUAUCUUGGUCAAGUUGAUGCUCCAAUGACAGUCAUUGAUGUCUCCAUGCUUGCUGGUUUUGUACCUGAUCCUGAAGACCUUAGGAAGCUUUCUGAAGGAGUGGGCAGAUAUAUCAACAGGUCUGAAAUUGACAAUGUGCUUUCUGAAAGAGACAACUUCCUCCUCUAUUUGGAUAAGCUUUCUCACACAGAAGAUGAAUGUUUUCAAUUUAAAGCUUACAAGUAUAAUGAAGUUGAUCCCAUUCAGCCAGGAUCAGUCCAGGUCUACAACUAUUAUGCUCUAGAUAAACAAUGCACCAAGUUCUACCAUCCACACACAGCAACUGUCCUCCCUAAUAAUAUAUGUCAUGGUAAUGUUUGUUGGUGUAAAGUAGAAAGCUGUUGUGUACAGAAGGAGUCCAUCAGUUUGCAGCAACGAGUCAAGGCAGCCUGUAAAUCAGAAGUGAACUAUGUGUACAAAACCAGAAUGAUUGAAACAGAAGAAAUAAACAGCUACAAGUACUUCAUCAUGGAAGUUCUGGAAUUUUUUAAAGCACGGGAUGACAUAAAUCCACAUGGCAACUGGAUCCACAAAUUUAUCAGUCCCAUGAAAUGCAAGGAAUCUUUGCAUCUGGAAGAGAACAAGGACUAUCUGAUUUGGGGUCUUGGCAGUGAUACGUGGCAUACAAACAAUGAGCUCAACUACUACAUUACUAAGGACACCUGGAUCGAGAAAUGGCCAGACCAGAAGGAAUGCCAGGAAGAGGAAUAUCAAGCCCUGUGCAAUGACCUGGUUGAGUUCUCCAGUAUAAUGACCUUUUCUGGCUGUCAGGGCUAAUUUUGCUAGCGAACAAAGCCUGUCUGUGUGUGCCAAACUCAGACUGCUUUCAUCCACACCUUUGACCCAAACCCACUGACUUGCUCCAAGCCUCUGGCCUGUAGUGGGCUCCAGACGCAGCUCGAGCUUGUGCCCUGGACCUGGUGUUCUGCCCCUCCUUGCUGCUGCCCAUGGCCCGGCCCUCACACCCUUCAGCCAGUCAGUCAGUCACUGCAAUAGCACAUCGUGCACACUGAUAUUUUACAUCUCUGUAUUAGAGUUUCAGCUUCUUCACAAUUCACACCAUCUCCAAAUACAGCAUAUUGCUGAUUUGGCUUUUGCCUGAAUAAAUGUGUAUAGGCUUGCUUGGUCAGAAUCAGUCACAUGGAAUGAAAACUUUUUGUCUUUCAAGCUCCCCAGGGAAUGGAGGGAAUUCUGUAAUUUUCGCUGAUGAGAAGGAGCUGACUUUGGUAUUUACCCAACUCACUUUAGAAGCAAGGACCAAGCUAGGGCCUCAGUACUCAGAUAGGCACAUAAGGAGGCAGGGAGGCCUCUAAAUUUGAA